CUCAAAUAAAAAUAAAAAAAAGGAAGAAAAAGAAAGAAGAAAAGAAAAAACCCAAAACAAGAAAGGAGUCACCAGACAUCCUGGUGUGGGGGGUGGUGUCAGGCUGUGUCAACUGUGCUUUGAGGAGGCAUAGGGACCAUAAGGAACUAUAAAGACAACUGUUUCCUUGUUUCCUGCCUCUUGACACCAUGAGGCCACCGGCCUGGCAUUAAAGUAACACCUUGUUACCCCUCCUGUCUUUGACUUGAUCUGCCCGUGGCCAGAUAGAGUAUUUUUGUUUCUUUGUUUUUUGAGAUAGGAUUUCUCUGUGUAGCCCCGGUUAUUCUGGAACUCACUCUGUAGAUCAGGCUGGCCUUGAACUCAGAGAUCCGCCUGCCUCUGCCUCCCAAGUCCUGGGAUAAAAGGCAUGCGCCACUCCCUUCAGGCCAGAUAUGACGAUCUUCAUCUGCAUGGUGGGGCACCCUAUUACUUGUAGCCCAAGUCACUGCGAUCCCCUUGGGUUGGCUGGACAAAACUAUCUCUGAUCCUGGUUCCCUUCCCAUCUCUCUCCGUUCUCUGACAACUGCCCACAGUCAAAGGAAACACCCACUGAACUACUAAAUGCCCUUCACUGGGUACUUGUACAACCAACCACACCUUAAACCAUAGGUCAAUGGCAUAGGUCAAUGGCAGGAGCCAUAGGCCAAUUGGCAGCUCCCACCCCAUAGAGAAAUCCAUCCUGGAAAGGAGUGGGAAGGAAGAAUGCUGUGGGGCUUGGGAGGUUAGAGCUGGUAGGAAAGAGGCUUUAUUCUCACUCUAGGUAGGCCACAUCUAUGCCCCCUCCUUACUGGACACAGGAUUCCAGUUUUCAUGUGGUCUCCAGCUCAUCUGGGGCUCCUUGGGUCCCUUCCCAGGUUAAAUACCCAUGGCUCCACCUGCACAGACACUGGGUUUAUUUUUCUUCGUUCUGGUGCUGUCUCAAAGCAUAUUCUCUAUCCACCCUCAUCUCAAAACCUCCCUGAGUACCUCUGCUGCUCGCCCCAUAUGAAUACGGGAAUUCCCCACAGGGUCAAACUGCCAGGACCCUCUGCUACCUGGAGCAUACUCACCGAGUCCUGUGAAACAAACCACACGGAAAUACAAGCGCAAGGAGCUGCUCAUAAAAUAAAGGAGAUAGCAGUGAGCAGAGAAAAAUCACCUCUGCCCACUGUCUGGUUAUGGAAGCUGCUAAUUCUUGACAGUUCCUUGCAGUGGGUACCUAGAAGUGGGUAGGACAGGAAGUCUGACAUAGGUGCUGACAUUUGCUGAUGUCAUCUGCUCGAAAACAUCGCCCUAGGUGUAUGACCUGUGUCUUUUUAUCUUUGUGAUCUCUGUGUGUGGUUGUCUCCUGGAAAGAACCUCUAUGAAGCUCAUUACCUGCUUGUAGCCUUGCAAGUCUCUAACAAGCAGACCUUGCCCAUGGCUGAGCUCGGAUACAACACCAAGGCAAAAAUUCCCAAGGGACACCUUCAAGGUAUAAUGCAUGGCAGUGUUUUGGAGUGUCCUGGGUGUGUAUGCUGGAGUUGGAAGAGACUUGCUGGGGUCCAGGAGGUGUCAAGGAAGAUGCACACUUUACAGUGGCUUCACAAGCACCACGUACCUGCCGGAAGAUGGAGGUGGAGCUGAUCUGGAGCCCAAUUUUGAGAGGAAGAAGACAGGAGAAACACUAUGGGAGCAUGGGCUAUGCUGUGUGGAGUCUCACUGAUUUGUGUGCUGGACGUGCUGGACCUAGGUCAUCAGAGCCUGGCUGAGGAGCUUGGCUGUGGCCCUGGCAGCUUCCAGCGUGGGACUGGCAACAACACACGGUGUUGCAAUCGGUGUGCUCCAGACAAGGAGACCUGUCCUGAAGGAGACUGUAUAUGUGUCAUGCUGGAGUACCACUGUGAAGACCCUCAGUGCAAGACCUGCAAGCACCACCCUUGCCAGCCAGGCCAGAAGGUGCAGACUCAUGGGAAUAUUAAGUUUGGCUUCGAGUGUGUUGACUGUCCCAUGGGCACCUUCUCCGCAGGCCGCGAGGGCCGCUGCAGACCUUGGGCCGACUGUACCCAGUUUGGAUUUCUCACCAUAUUCCCUGGGAACAAGACUCACAAUGCUGUGUGCAUCCCGGAACCACUGCCCACUGAGCAACAUGGUCAUUUGGCUGCCAUCCUUCUGGCCGUGGCUGUUUGCAUUCUCUUCUUAACCACAGUCCAUCUCUGCCUGCACAUAAGGGAGCUGAGGAAGCAGCACAUGUAUCCCCGAGAGACCCAGCCACUCUUGGAGGUGCAGCUUCCACCAGCUGAGGAUGCUUGCAGCUUUCAAUUCCCUGAGGAGGAGCGUGGGGAGCAAAUGGAGGAAAAGAAUCGUCUGGGAGACCGGUGGCCAUGAGGGCUGUUCUUCCUCUGUACUCCAAGCCAGACCCUCUAAGACUUGCCCAGACCUACCCUUGGUGAGAGCAAGGGCUCUGCUGUGCGUCCUUCCCUGGGCCUGGCCCUGCUCCCCUCGACGGUGGAAGUGGGUGUAAGAUGUUGAUGGUGGUGAAGAGAGUAGUGACUCCACUUGGGCCCUGUGGCUGCCUUCCUCUUUUGUCAGCUCCGUUGGAGUGGGGUCUUCAGGCUCUCCAAGAGCACUGAGUGUUCAGGACAAGACCUUGUACAAGUGGUUUUCAAUAAAUAUUUUUCUAGUAA